AGUGCGACAUAGUGACGUCAGGCUGUGUUACAUCACUUGUUCCCUUGCUCGCUCUGAGCACGCGCAUUCUUUCUUGCAAAAACCGACAGGAACCGAUACAGCUGCGCACCAGUUAGCGGAAAGCUACCAGAAAAAAGUUUUUCAAGAUGAGCACAGUAGAUUAUGAAGACAAUGAAUCCAAGCUUCUUAGAAAAGCAAAAGAGAAUCCAUUUGUCCCUGCAGGGAUUGCUGGAUUCUUUGGCAUUGUGGCAUAUAGGCUGUUCAAACUCAAGAACAGAGGUGAUACGAAGAUGUCAGUUCACCUAAUUCACAUGCGUGUGGCUGCUCAAGGGUUUGUGGUGGGAGCCAUGACUUUAGGAGUUGUCUACGCUAUGUACAGAGACUACGUUCUGAAGCCUGCUCAGGCCCAGAGAGCGUUAGAGCAAAAGGCAUUAGAAAAAAAGUGAAGACCGGGAUGUGCACGCACACAAUAACCACCUCAUAUUAAGGUGUAUCUUUGUAUUUAUUGCUCAAAUAAUUUAGGAUUUGUUUUUCUUAUUUAAACAAUAAUAAACAUAUGAGGUUAGAUUUCA